AUGUUCCACUUCUCUAAGCUUUGCGGAGUUCUGUUCCUGCUUUCGGCUGCACAGACAGCUGUCGCGACGGAUGCCUCUAGUGGCGGGUCAAACGAUCAUUACCCUCGGUGCGCGGGGGCAUUGUCUGCUUACGUGACUUGCCUAGACCAGCGAGGCCUCCGGCAAUGCUACGAAGCACACUACAACAGUAAAGGACCGAAGGCUCUUACGAGCUAA